AUGUGCGUCUCGUUACAAAGCGGUCCGAACGACAAUGACGUUGAAGAUGACGCGAGCCACCCUCUUACUGGAGCCGCUGACAGGGACGAAGAAGCCCAUCUGUUGACAAGAGAAGAGAUGGACUUCGAAGACAACGCGUUGCCUGCGCGUAGUGGCCGACGUACUUUCCUUCGCUUCUUGCGCGGUCCAGAGCCACCUCGCAUCCAGUCCAUUCAGCCAGUCUUCCCAGCCAUCCAAGCGUAUCCGGCCCAAUGGACGGAAGCACACGGGUUCAAUAAACCCAUCUGGCUCUUUGCUGUGCUACUGCUAUGGCUUGUUAUAUUUGUGUGGUUUCUCACUGCACAAUUACCGCUUCGCGAUGGGGAUGGCAAUAGCGUGAUCAACCUCGAUUGCGUAGACACGCUCUGGAAACGAAAGAACGAAUGCGGAAUCGAUGGGAUCGAUUGCCGCCCUUUCAGCAACCAUUCAUUCGCCUUCCGGUGUCCAGCGAAGUGCGGCGACGUGCAGAUCUUGAAUCCGCACAUUGUUGGACCUCUCGAAGUAAACUACCGACCGCUUGUCAUCGGUACGGGAUUUUACCGUGGAGACAGUUUCAUCUGCGGAUCCGCGAUCCAUGCUGGCAUUGUGGAUGGCCGGAAAGGUGGUAAGGAACUGCCCGUAUGA